AGAAAAUAUGCUGUCACCAAAAAAUACUCCAUCAUAAAGUAAAUAGUCUCCCAAAAAAAUAAUAAACGAUUUCGAAUAUCGAUUAGAAGACUGUCUGGGCUAAGGAGAAUACAGUUCUGUGUUUAAAGGCCAGGACAGAAGGUCUGGCUAGGAAGUUGCAAUCAAAGUAAUUGAGAGCAUCACAAUAUGAUUAGGUUAUAGAGAAUUCAAGGUUGAACUCGAAUUUCUCAAGACAGAUGCUGAGUAAUGAAGUUGAAUCCUUGAAGAAACUCAAAUCGCCUUACAUCUUAUAGUAUAUCAAUUACAUUUACACUCCAAACAAUCAAUAUAUCAUAACUGAACACUGUAAUGAAGGAGAAUUGAGAUUCGUAAAGAAUCGAUCAGAUUAAUAGUUGUUAAGAAUUUUCCAUCAAUUACUGUAGGCACUGAAGGAACUGAAAACCAAGAGUAAUUAUCAUCCAAAAUCAUUAGAUAUAAUACACAGAGACAUCAAACCUCCAAAUAUCAUGAUGCACGACUGCAUACCCAAACUUGCCGAUUUUGGCUUUAGUGUUAAUAUAAAUUCUUUGGAGUUAUAAAAAUCAUCAUUUGGUACGCCACUCUACAUGGCCCCGGAAUCUUUACUCAACGAUAUGUACAGCUUCUAGUCGGAUGUUUGGUCAGUCGGAAUUACUAUGUAUGAACUCAUUUAUGGGAAUGUUCCCUUUUACCAUGACAAAGUAUCUGAGUUAAAGAAAAUUAUCCAAAAUUAUGUCAACAAUCCUAUGCUAAUAAUGCCUAAGUCAAUAUUCAUUCCAUUACUUAAUGGGAUGCUUGAUCCAAAUCCCAAUACUAGAUUGACCGUAGAAUAAUUGUUAUCAAUGAUUACGACAAAUUAAAAUACUUAAAAUAUUUCUCAAUCUGGAUUCAGCUCAUUAAGCAACUUAGCAUAAACCUUAUAACAUUUUGAGUCUAAAAUUGACGACACAUGUAUUCGUUGGGCAAUUCUAAAGAUCCUAUCAACUAAAUUCAAAAUUAAUGGAAAUGUUCAAUUUUCAAUAAAUCAGCAGAUCAAUUCACUCCAUACUAAUUUCCAUAUGAUUAGAGAACAGAACAUGAUUGAGCUAAUAAAUUCAAAAUCAGAUGCAUGUAUUUCAUUUAAAUUAUUAUAUUUAGAAUUUGUUCAUUUACUUCGUUAAAUUUUGUAAUAGAGAGUUCAUUGUUAACAAUACAAACCUAUUGUAUAGGAUUUACUCCAAUGCGAUGCUAUAUUAUUCCACUUAUUUAAAUGA